CGAGAUAAUAUUAUAUAUAUAUCGAUGAGCCCAUAAAUACCCAUAGAAAUACCCAUAGAAAUACCCAGACUGGAUCAAAUUUACCAAUCAUCAUUACUUUACUCUCAGGUUAAUAUUUCGUAAGAAUAAAAUGCUAGCAAACAAGAUGGCCCACAUGGUGGAAGCACAAGUCAAGAAGAUCGUUGGCUUUGCCGGAGACAAUCUUCAUUCUCUUGGUGCUCAUACUACUCCGUUGGCUCCAGCUAUCAAAAAUCUGGAAGCACAAGGUGGUGAGAUGGGAGAUGUGUGGGAUGAUGGUGCUCACCAAAAUGUUAAAAAAGUACAUGUAGGGCAAAGCCAAUAUGGUAUAGCAUUCGUCAAGUUUGAGUAUGUCAAUGGUUCUAAAGUGGUUGUUGGAGAUGAACAUGGAAAGAAGGCUUUGCUAGAAGUUGAUGAGUUUGAGAUUGAUGUUGAUGACUACAUCGUAUAUGUGGAAGGUUACCGUGCGACAGUUAAUGAUAUGCCCACAGAAAUGAUCACGUUUCUUUCAUUCAAGACUUAUAAAGGCAAAACCUCUCGGCCUAUCGAAAGCAGACCAGGAACUAAGUUUGUGCUUCACGGUGGAAAAAUCGUUGGGUUUCACGGACGUUCGACCAACGACUUCCUAUUCGCCCUCGGAGCUUAUGUUUCUAUAUCGUGCACUCCGAAAUUGAGUGGAAAGUGGACAAAGGUGGAGCAAAAAGGAGAAUUAGGUCCAGGCCUAAGAUGCUCGCAUGGCAUAGCACAGGUAGGUAACAAGGUUUACGCCUUUGGUGGGGAGUUCACACCAAAUCAGCCCAUCGACAAACACCUUUACGUCUUUGACCUCGAGACCCAUACUUGGUCAAUUUCUCCAGCCACGGGAGACGUUCCCAACCUCUCUUGCUUAGGUGUCCGUAUGGUGUCAGUAGGAUCAACCCUCUAUGUCUUUGGAGGACGAGACGCUUCGCGAAAAUAUAACGGUUUCUACUCAUUUGACACCACCACGAACGAGUGGAAAUUAGUAACCCCGGUCGAAGAAGGACCCACUCCUCGUAGUUUCCACUCUAUGGCAGCCGAUGAGAAAACCGUUUACGUUUUCGGUGGAGUGGCUGCUACGGAGCGACUCAAGACUCUAGACGCUUACAACAUUGUUGAUAAGAAGUGGGUGCAGUGUUCCAUUCCAGGAGAUAACGUUAGCGUUAGAGGAGGAGCAGGUCUCGAAGUGGUGCAAGGGAAGGUAUGGGUUGUGUAUGGAUUCAACGGAUGUGAAUUAGAUGAUGUUCAUUACUAUGAUCCUAUACAAGACAAGUGGACACAAGUGGAAACAUUUGGUGAGAGGCCUUCCGUAAGGAGUGUAUUUGCUAGUGCGUCUGUUGGGAAACACAUUCUGUUGUUCGGAGGUGAAGUUGCGAUGGACCCACUAGCUCAUGUGGGUCCAGGUCAAUUGGCCGAUGGGACUUUUGCGCUGAAUACAGAGACGUUAAAGUGGGAGAGGGUGGAUAAGUUUUGUGAAGAGGAGGAGACUCCGAGUAGCAGAGGAUGGACAGCCUCCACAACUGGGACCGUUGAUGGUAAGAAAGGACUGGUGAUGCAUGCUGGGAAAGCUCCAACCAAUGACCGGUUUGAUGAUCUCUUCUUUUUCGGAAUUGAAUCUGAUCCAUUGACUCCUGCCAAGACGCUACGGGCUCUUGGUAGUGAUGAUGGAACUCUAUGGGAUGAUGGUGCUUAUGAUGGUGUUAAGAAGGUGUACGUAGGACAAGCCCAAGAUGGUAUAUCAGCUGUUAAGUUUGUUUACAAUAAUGGCUCUCAUGAGAUCGUAGGAGAUGAACGUGGAAAGAGUACUCUACUCGGAUUCGAAGAGUUCCAACUUGACUAUCCAAGUGAAUACGUCAUGGAGGUUGAAGGCACCUAUGAUCAAAUCUUUGGCAGUGAUGCUGCAGUGAUAACUAUGCUUAAGUUUAAGACUAAUAAGAAAACGUCUACACCCUUUGGACUUGAAGCUGGCACAACCUUCUUACUCAAAAAGGAAGGCCACAAGAUCGUUGGCUUCCAUGGAAGAGUCGGUGAUCUGCUUCACAAAUUUGGAGUCCAUGUCCUUCCCAUCUCCAACUGAUCAUGGUAAUCUUUGCCAUUGAUUCCAUAAUGCACCAAAUAAGUUAUCAGAUCUAUCUUCUAAAUUUUUCGUUUAAGGUCUCUUAAUGCAUAACUUGGAUAAGUGUUAUCUCUUGUGAUUGUGUUUUUUCCUUAGAUGUGCUUGUGAUCCAUUCCAAUAAAGCAAGUUUUUUUCCAUCUAUUUAUCCAUUUAAACAGAGAAUAAAGAUGUUUCUGUUUUUUGCCU